AUGGACGGAAAGCACAAAGAGAAUGGCCAAGCACUCAGAAGGCAAGUACUGCUUCUUUCUUUAUUGUCUUUCUCCUGCUGGGCUGCCUCAGAGCAGAUUCAGUAUCCCAUACCCGAAGAGAUGCCAAAGGGUUCUAUUGUGGGGAAUCUCGCCAAGGAUUUGGGUCUGAAUGUCAGAGAACUAGCACAGCGUAAUCUGCAUGCUGUCUCUGUGGAUGAUAUGCAAUAUUUCAUUAUCAGUAAAGAGAAUGGAAACCUCUAUGUAAAUGACAAAAUAGACAGGGAAGAAAUCUGUGGCACAACUACACUUUGCCUUCUUAAUUUUGAGGCAGUUGUUGAAAACCCUCUGAAUAUUUUUCAUAUAACAGUAAUGAUUCAAGACAUCAAUGAUAAUGCACCGUAUUUUGCAAAUGGAAACAUCAGGUUGGAAAUAAGUGAAUCCAGUGCCCCAGGUACAAGAUUUCUUCUUGGGAAAGCUGAAGAUCCUGACAUUGGUAUGAAUUCUCUCCAGAAUUAUCAGAUCAACCCCAACCAAUAUUUCAAUGUAGAAGUUAAAGCAAGUAAGGAUGGGAAGAAAUUUGCUGAUUUAAUAUUACAGAAACCGUUAGAUCGGGAAACGGAACAGAGUUUCCAAUUGACUGUUUUUGCCAUAGAUGGUGGAGAUCCCAGAAGAACUGGAACAGCACAGAUAUGGAUUAAUGUCACAGACACUAAUGACAAUUUUCCUGUUUUCUCUCAAGAACUUUACAAAGUAAAUUUGAGGGAAAAUGUACCUCCUGGAUCAUUUGUGCUCCAAAUUGUAGCCACUGAUGAUGAUGAAGGUUCAAAUGCCCAGAUAACAUAUCAUUUCAGCAACAUACCACUGAACGGCCAUGCGAAAUUCAGCUUGGAUCCCACCAAUGGCACAAUAAUUCUAAAAGGACCAUUGGAUUUUGAAGAAACCAAAGAAUAUACUAUACAAGUAGCAGCAAAAGAUGGAGGAGGAUUAGUGACCCACUGCAACAUUGAAAUAACAGUUCUUGAUGAGAAUGACAACUUCCCAGAGGUGACCAUAGUUUCCUCCUUUAACCCAGUUCCUGAAGAUUCCCUUUCUGGAACAUUAAUUGCGUUGAUCAAUGUAAAAGACAAAGAUACAGGAGACUAUGGAAAGGUUACUUGUAGUUUACAAAAUCAUUUGCCAUUCAAAAUCCUUGCCUCCUCUAAUAAUUAUUACAAGCUCCAAACUGACAGCCCCUUAGAUCGAGAAAAAAAUUCUGAAUAUAACAUUACAAUCACAGCCACUGACAAAGGAAAUCCCCCACUGUCAACACACAAAACCAUCUCAGUAGAGAUCUCUGAUAUCAAUGACAAUUCCCCCACUUUUGAGAAGCCAUCCUACAGCAUCUAUGUGCCAGAAAAUAACCCUUCUGGUACUUCCAUAUUCAGUAUGAAAGCCUUGGACCCAGACAAGGACCAAAACUCGCGAAUCACAUAUUCCAUCCUCCACAGCAACAUCGAGGAGCUCCCCAUCUCCUCCUACAUCUCCAUUAACUCUGAGACUGGAGCUCUCUAUGCCCAGAGGUCCUUUGACUAUGAGCAGUUCAGAGAGUUUCAGCUGCAAGUGAAGGCCCAAGAUGGUGGUUCUCCCCCUCUCAGCAGCAGCGUCACCGUGAGGGUGUUCAUUCUGGAUCGGAACGAUAACAGCCCACGGAUCCUGUCCCCUUCCCAAGAAGCCAAGGGCUCAGCCUUGUUUGAGAUGGUGCCUCGUUCGGCUGAGGCAGGAUAUCUGGUGACAAAGGUGGUGGCCGUGGAUGCUGAUUCUGGACACAACGCCUGGCUUUCCUACCAUAUCAUUCAAGCUACCGAACCGGCAUUCUUCACUGUUGGCUCUCAUACUGGUGAGAUCAGGACAGCGAGGGCGUUCGUGGAGAAAGAUGCUGCAAAACAGAAACUGGUCAUUUUGGUGAAGGAUAAUGGGCAGCCGCCUCUCUCGACCACUGUGACACUGAACCUGGUGUUUGCCGAGAACUUUCAGGAGGCCCUUCCUGAAAUGAAAAGCCAACCCAGCAGCUCCGACUACCAGUCUGACCUGCAGUUCUACCUGGUGCUGGCCUUGGCUUUGAUGUCGUUCCUGUUCCUCUUGACGGUGAUUCUGGCCGUUCUGAUGAAGAUUCGGCGAUCGGGAAACCCCAAAUUCCUGCAGUGCUUUGCUCCUGUUCCCCACUCCAAGGCUGGCGCCAUCUUCCCUCCAAACUUUGAAGAUGGGACUUUGCCGUAUUCCUAUCAGCUGUGCCUGUCCUCAGAAUCCAGGAAAAAUGAAGUCACUUUUUUGACCCCCAAUGUUCAGAUUGCGGGCAAUAUGCUUUGCAGCAACACAUCUGGUGUACCUAUCCUUGGUAAUGGAGAAAAUACAUCAGAUUUUGAGGUGGAGAAUAUUGACAAGGUAUAUAUAUUAUUAUUUUCUUUUCACAACACAUUAUUAUCAUUAUACUUCGUAUCCAACUGCUUCAUUUGUUUGAAUUCUGCUUUCUGUCAAAACCUGGAAAUCAGUGUUUCAGAUCAAGAUAUGCAACAAACAGAAAAAGGAAACACCUCAGCAAGAAGGAUGAACGGCAGACAUAAAGAGAAAAGUGGAUCAGUAAGGCUAUUGUUCCUCUUUCUAUUGCAUUUAUUAUUCCCCACAACUGCCUCAGAACAGAUUCGGUAUUCAGUCCCUGAGGAAUUGGAAAAAGGUUCCAUUGUAGGGAAUCUAGCUAAAGACUUAGGACUUACUCCUGGAGAAAUAGCAGAUCGCAAUCUGCAUGCACUUUCCCUAGAUAAAAAGCAAUAUUUCAUUGUCAGUGCAGGAAAUGGAAAACUGUAUGUAAAUGACAGGAUAGACAGAGAGGAAAUAUGUGGAGAGACUAUAUCCUGCCUCAUUAAUUUUGAAGUCAUGGUUGAAAACCCCAUGAAUAUUUUCCAUGUAACUGUAGCAAUCCAGGACAUUAAUGAUAACACUCCAAGUUUCCUAAAUGAGAACAUCAAACUAGAACCAAGUGAAUUAACUUUACCAGGAGCACGAUUUGUUCUUGGGUAUGCUGAAGAUCCAGAUGUUGGAAUAAAUUCUCUUCAGCAUUACCAGAUGAAACCCAAUCAGUAUUUCACUCUGGAAACUAGAGAGGAAGAAGAUGGAAAUAAAUAUGCAGAGUUAGUACUAAGUAAACAAUUGGAUCGAGAAACUGAAGACAGUUUCCAUAUAAUUGUUAUGGCUGUGGAUGGAGGUAAACCUGCCCAAACAGGGACAGCCAAAAUUUUGAUAAAUGUCAUUGAUGCCAAUGACAACCCACCUGUUUUCCCUCAAGAAAUGUAUAAGGUCAGCAUAAAGGAAAAUGCUCCCAAAGGGUCUUCAGUGAUACAAGUCAAAGCCACUGACAGAGAUGAAGGUUCCAAUGCCCAAAUCAUCUACAGUUUUACCAGUAUUGAUAAGCGUGCUCGCCAGAAAUUCCACGUAGAUCCACAGGAAGGGACAAUCACAGUUAUGGAAACCCUGGACUUUGAGGAAACAGAGAAAUAUUCCGUAGCAGUAGAAGCGAAAGAUGGGGGUGGGUUAGUGACUCAUUGUAAAAUUGAAAUAAAGAUAUUAGAUGAGAAUGACAACGCCCCAGAAAUCAUUCUUGUCUCGUCAUCCAGCCCAAUACCUGAAGAUUCUGCAUCUGGGACUCUGGUAGCUCUUGUCAAUGUAAAAGACAGAGAUUCUGGAGAAAACGGAAACACCGUUUGCCAUUUACAAAGUAACAUGCCAUUUCAAAUAGUCUCAACAUCCAGUAACUACUAUAAGUUGCUGACGGAUGGUGCGCUGGACAGAGAAAAUACUGCCGAGUACAAUAUCACAAUCACAGCCACAGACAAAGGGACUCCUCCUCUUUCUACACUCAAAACCAUUUCAGUGCAGAUCUCUGAUAUUAAUGAUAACCCUCCGGCCUUUGAAAGAUCUUCCUACACUGCCUAUGUGCCAGAAAACAACCCAUCUGGGGCCUCCAUUUUCAGGGUCAAAGCCACAGACACAGACCUGGAUCGCAAUGCGCAAAUCAUUUAUUCCGUCCAAAAGAGCAACAUUGAAGACCUGCCUCUCUCCUCUUACGUCUCCAUUAAUUCUGAGACUGGCACGAUCUACGCACAGCGCUCCUUUGACUACGAGCAAUUCAGGGAGUUCCAGCUUCAGGUGAAGGCCCAAGAUGGAGGCUCUCCUCCUCUCAGCAGCAACGUCACAGUGAAAGUGUUUAUUCUGGACCAGAAUGACAACAGCCCUCAGAUCCUCUACCCUUCUAAAGGGGUGGAAGGCUCGGCCUUGUUUGAGAUGAUUCCUCGCUCGGCCGAUGCAGAUUAUCUGGUGACCAAGGUGGUGGCCGUGGAUGCUGACUCUGGACACAAUGCCUGGCUCUCCUACCACCUGCUUCAGGCCACUGAGCCAGGGCUCUUCUCAAUUGGACACCAUACUGGUGAGAUCAGGACAUCACGAACUUUCUUGGAACGAGAUGCUGUGAAGCAGAGGGUGGUCAUCUUGGUGAAGGAUAACGGACACCCAGCACUAUCCGCCACCGUGACUGUGAACCUGGUGUUUGCCGAGAACUUUCAGGAGGCCCUUCCAGAAAUGAAAAGCCAACUCAGCAGUCCCGACUACCAGUCUGAUCUGCAGUUCUACCUGGUGCUGGCCUUGGCUUUGAUCUCGUUCUUGUUCCUAUUGACGGUGAUUCUGGCUGUUCUGAUGAAGCUUCGCCGGUCAGGGAAUCCCAAGUUCCUGCAGUGCUUUGGUCCCAUCCCCCAUUCUAACAACGGUGUCAUCUUCCCACCCAACUAUGAAGAAGGGACAUUGCCCUAUUCUUACCAACUUUGCUUAUCAUCUGAGUCCCGUAUACAGGAAUAUGCGUUUCCAGCACCCAGCAUUCAUAUUGCAGAGAACGUUUCUUUUAACAAUAAACCUGAAAUGGUUUUGACAGCCAGUGAAGGAAAUAUCCUUAAUUCUGAGUUGGAUAAAUCUGAUGUGGUGAGUUUUCUUUUCAGCAUUACUUUAUUUACACUGUAUGCAUUGAGAGUUUGA